AUGCGGGAGGGGACUGAAAAUACCGAGUCCCUUUCACCACGCCAUUAUGUUUUCCUAAAGGGAACCAAAUGGAGAAAGGAAGUAAGAGAGAGAGAGAGGGUUCCAGCCAGAGAGAGCGCGUCUUCUCCGGACGCCGAGCUUGAGUGCACAACGUUCGUAGACAAUGUGAGCAAACGAGUGUCGAGAGGAUCCCUGUGGGAGGUCUUCAAUCAUCACGAGAAAAUAACCGGGAUUUUCAUCCCUUUUGCUAAUAGGAAACCAAAAUAUAAACUGUCCACUUUCCCCUUUGUUAGGUUUGCAUCUCAUGAAGACUUGGAACGUGCAAUCACCAGGAUGAACAAUACAAAAAUAGAUGGGAGAGUGGUUCUUGUUUCUAAGGCUAAGUUUCCAUGCAAACACCGUGAAGGAAAUGCUAGCGAGCAGCGAAAGGAGGAGGAGGAGCUGGGAAGGAGGAAAACAUUGAAUAGGGUGAACAAAUCUCCUGAUGGCAGCUAUCUUUGGAUAAGAGAUGUCAGAACCUACAGAGAAGUUGUGAGCAGAGGAAGGAAUUCGAAUGUGGACUAG